GUGAGGUUCCACGGUUACUCAUUUCUCAAUGAACCAUGGAUCGUCGACUAUUAUUUCUCGUUUUAUUCGCGUUUACAAUGAUAAAGUGCGAAGAUAACAUCGAAAAUGCAACCGAUGCAAAUAGCAAGAAAGUGAUUCUAGAGACCAAAGACGAUGAAGCAAUUGACACAAAUGCAACUGAAUCACCUGAAUCUAAAUCUCCGCGCAUAUGCCAAGUAUGCAAUUGCACGAAAGCGGGUGAGAUAAACUGCGAUGACAGGAAUAUGACAGCCAUUUUCACCAGAUGGCAAUGGAAUGCUAAAGUUAGCAAAGUGGCAUCGUUUAAGGGAAACUUGAUAGAACACAUCACACCUUUUCCAAUUAGUACGAUUAACAGAUUAAUUCUGCAAGGGAACAAAAUCACAAAAAUCGACGACGCCGCCUUCAAGCAGAUAAUUAAUCUCACCGAAUUAGAUUUGAGUCAUAAUAAGCUUACUAGCGAGAGCCUGAAUCCGAAAGUGUUUGAGGGUAAAUUUUCACGAGAGGCUUACGAACCACUAGAGAAUCUGACAAUCUUAACGGUGGCUUACAACAAGAUCCAUUCGUUCCAUCAGGACCUCUUCGAGCACAUGUCGAACUUGAGAGUACUAAAUAUGUCUCACAACUUGUUCGCGCAAAUCGACUAUAGCACUAGUUUAGCAAUCAGCUCCAUUCGACAAUUAGAGGAAUUGGACUUGAGCUACUGUGAUUUGAAACAAAUACCAGAGACUCUAUUUCAUACCACCAGGUACCUGAAAAAAUUAAAUUUGAGUGGCAAUCGGAUCAUGAUCCCGCCAGUCGCACUUGGCGAUGCUAUCGCGUUGGAGUACCUAUAUAUGGACGAAAAUCCAAUUAAAAUUAUCAACAAUUCACACCCUUUUCCUAAUAUGACGAAGCUGAAGGAAUUGAGCUUCUGCUGCAUGCCUCAUUUGACAGCGAUCGGAUCUGGCAGCUUUUUAGGUUUGGAUUCGCUGGAAACUCUCCGAAUACAAAAUUGCCCCAACUUACAAGUAAUCCACGAAUUCGCUCUGAAUUACCAGACGGAGUCUAAUGAGCCCAUGUGGCCGCCACUAAAGGAACUCGUUUUAUCGGAUAACGCCCUGCAAUAUUUGCCUCAGUACCUCCUCCUAAGGUGGGACCUCCUUGAAAAAUUGGAUCUGACGAACAACAAAUGGAGCUGCGAUUGCAAUAAUCAAUAUCUGAUCGGCCAAAUGUUGCCACAACAGGGAAAGAAAUUAAUGGGCGACAACGUUGACGCACUUACUUGCGCAACGCCGCCAGAGCACGCAGGAAAGAAUCUUUCAUCGUUGUUUGAAAAACACCUCCGUUGCCUCGAUUUGUACGGAGCAAGGCCCGAGAAGGACACAGCGAUCCUUAUCGGAGUGUUGAUCGGGGUGCUCCUCGCCAUUCCCGUUUGCCUCAUCAUCUUCUUCCUUUGGCGUCGUGGAUUCUUCUUCUGGAGUUCUUCAGGACCAGCGAGCUUCUCUCGCGCCUUCUACAAGAGGACCUCCACCACCGAGGACAACUGACCAUUUUCAUUUUCCCAUUUUCAUCGAUGAUAUCUGAUCGAUAAACAGAGGGACAAGUAAGAACAAAUGACUAAUAACUCGUUGGUAGUGACGCCGUGAAAGUAUAUAAACAUUCAUCGUUGAACGUCAGACGGAUGUUGGAACACACGUGAAUAGAGCCUUUAUGGAAAUCAAAAUUAUGAGUAUCGAAUAAAGCAUGAGAAAGGAGGGUGUUAAGAAAUGCUUAUUUUUGGAAUCGCCUGGAAAUUAAACAUUCAUGCAGGAUCUUUUAGAGUGUCUCUCAAGAAACAAAAAAUGUCCUUAUCACUGUCCCGAGAAUCGAUGGGAAAGUUGUCAAAAAUACGUUCAAAGUAUGAAUGUGAUGAUAACGGAACUUA